AUACCAACAGGAGAUUGCAUUUGUUUCUACCAUCUGUACUUCCUGUACUAUUGAUAACCAUGACCGCAACAGUGACUGGCGGAAAGACUCGGGAGGAGAACGAGCAAGGUCAAGGGCAGGAGGAGCUGAAGCUACAACAGGGGGGAAGGAAACUACGGGAGCAUGAAGGCCGGGCGUUGACACCGGAGCAAGUAAAAGACCUCUGUUUUUCUUUAACCAAGCAUCCGCGUGUAAAGGCCUUUCCUGUUUCCAACGCCCCCGAAGAUGUUCCUGCCGGCAUGCAAAUCAAGACUGUUUAUUUUGUUCGACACGCCGAAGCAUUGCACAACGAGGCAUUUAAAAUACGUGGCCGGGCAGCCUAUGCAGAUCCAAGCUUUCUCGACCCUAAAUUGACGAAAUUAGGAGUAUCGCAGUGCCUGGCACUCAAGCCAUCCGUGGAAGCCAUACAGUCUUCCAUCGACUUGGUGGUUGUCUCCCCGCUGCGCCGUGCUCUCAUGACAGCCGCUCUGGCGUUCGAUCACAGAAGGGAGGUCUCAUGGAUCGCGCUUGAAACCGUGCGGGAGCGGAUUGGGAAGAAUACCUGCGAUAAACGGCGAAGACGAGGAGUGCUUGAAGCCGAAUACCCGGAUGUAGAUUUUGAGAACAUAGGAGAGGAAGACACACGGUGGACUGAGCAUCACAGAGAGACGCCUGCAGAGAUGGCAGAACGGGGAUUGGAGUUCUUGGCGUGGCUUCGAGGGCGUCCGGAAGAUCGGAUCGGGGUCGUCACUCAUUCCGCCUUCCUUUCCACCCUGUUCGCCGAGGUCUUCGAGUGCGCGGACCCAGCCAUGUCCCGCUGGUUCGAAAAUGCUGAGCUGCGUGCCGUUUACUUGAUUUUGUGAUUUUAAUAAAGAGAAAGGCCAGGGGUGGGACGGAUCGGGGAGAGCGGUUUUGGAGGACAGAACAGAAGUCUGCGUAUAUUUCCUUGACCAAAUGGUGUGAAAAUCGAAGACAUAGUAAAUACCACAUGAUACGG